CAGAACAUCGGCACGUCGCCGGCCUCGUUCAUCGCAGAGCACCACCACCGCCACCAGCACCGUCACACCGUCCUCACACAGCCGUCACGUCACCAUACCUCCCGGUCCUCGUCCUCACCCACACACAUUCCCGCGCCACCGGAACCGCCACCGCCGUAAUCACUGACUCGCCGAUACGAUCCAGUCAAACACACCGCUCGACAACAUACUCCACCACCACCUGCGAACGCGUCCGGAGGCAGUCCGGCGACGUGUCAACAUUGAAUCAUCACACAAACACCGGAGAUGGACCUGAUGAAAAUCAGCGUCGUAUUGUACAUCUCACUCAUAUUAAUACUCAAUAAGUAUUCGGAUUGUACCACUCAUCCAAGGGUCAAAAUGUAUGGUCCUAAAGUAACAGUCAUAGAUCGUCGGAAACCUGAGCCGAAAAUUGGACAAGACGCAAUGAAUGAGGUGAAAAUUAUUUCACAACCCGAAGAUUUUUUGGACGAACCCAGCUGCCUCGAAUUGCGCCUUAUGUGGCGCACAUAUCAGCGUCAGAUUCAGAUGACACAGUCGGCCAACAAUUUACCACUGACUUUCGAUCCGUUUGCAUUUAAUACGUGGGAAGAUUACAUUAAGCCAAGAUAUAUAAACAGACAGAAAUCAAUGAUGUUUGAAAGAACCAUUCCAGACAGAUUUCAUAUUUACAGGCAACUCAGACCGUUUGAAAAAAUCGCUAGGCUGACCACUACAACGAGGGCUAUCAUGGACGAUCAGUUAACGAGAAAAGCAAAUUUAUUUCGUCUGGGUUAUCAUCCCUUAACAAAAAUACCAGUUAUCGCCAUGCGCCUGACGGCUAAAGACAGAUUUCAAGAACUAAAAGAACUGAUGCGCCACGAGAAAUCGAACAAUUACCCAACGGGAGACAACGAAGACGAACCGUUUUCCGUCGUACCGAUUACCGCGGCAUCCGUUACUUCCAAUGGCACUGCAGGCAAAAAACGACCAGGCUACGAGUCGUUGAUGUCGCGACCCAGGCACUUUUCACAAGGACACUAUAUGAACGUGAAACCAAACGGCGAAGAGAUCGAAAAUACUGCGACAGUUACACCUCAGUAUAAAUCUUCGCCACUUAUCAGACCAUGGAAUUCUAGAUGGUAAAUGUCAUAAAGACAAUAUUGCGUCGACAGUAAAGCCCAGAACACCUAGGUACACAAUAUUAUGUUCAUAUAUAUUCAAAGCAAAUCCUACGUCCAUUCACAGAAACUUACCAUUUGUCUUCCUUCCGACGAUGAAUUACCUGAUUUGUUGCGCUUGUUCUUGUAUAAAACAAGAUUAAGGUAAGCAUAUAGACACACUUAUUCUUCAUCAUAAUAUUAUAUUGAUUAUAUUUUUAAUUAACGACUAAUUCAAUUCAUUUUUUUUUUGUGUAAAUUAUUAUCAAUUUUGAAUGCCUGUUAAAGUCGUGUUAUAAGUGUAUUAUACGUCUUCACGUAAUUAAAUAAGCACAUAUACUUAAUAGUAAGUUGAAUUGUGAUUAAAAACAUAGUUAAUAUAAAUAGAACAGCAUUAUAUAUAAAUAUAUAUUAUAGUUAAGAUAAUAUUAUAUACUUACACACAACUGCGACCA